AACGGUUAUUUCACUUAAGACGUACUGUUUUAUUUUGGUCGCGGGUGAUCUCGUAUGAAUUUUCUUAAUUUGGGAGUGUGCUGUUCUUUAUGAAUUCCAGCAUUAUAUUUUUGGAUCGCACUUUCUGUAUACCGAAAAAUGGGAGACGUCUCAGCAAACAGCAUCACAUUACAGAUGCUCAGAGAGGCGUGUGAGACGGUCCGAUGCAGCCCGCUGGAUGUCAUCAACACACCAAUGAUCUCAUGGAGGCAAACCACACUGCCGCUCAACACCUCCUGCAAUAUUCACAUCAAACUGGAGAACAUGCAGAGGACAGGUUCAUUUAAGAUAAGGGGUGUUGCAAACCAGUUUGCUCAAAGACUCAAAGGGGCCCAUUUUGUGACCAUGUCUGCUGGGAAUUACGGGAAGUCGUUUGCAUAUGCAUGUAAGCAUUAUGGAUCCAAAGGCAAAGUGGUGAUGCCUGAAACAGCCCCCAUCUCCAGAUCUGUGCUGAUACAAGGUUUAGGAGUUGAGGUUGACAGAGCGCCAACUUCCUGCCUCAUGGAUGUUGUUAACCGAUGUGUUCAAGAGGAAAGCAUGACAUUUCUGCACUCAUAUGAUGACCCUAAUCUUAUAGCUGGACAUGCCAGCCUAGGCUUUGAGAUUCUGGAGGUUCUACCCAAUCCAGAUGUACUUGUGGUGUGUUGUGGUGGAGGUGGACUACUGGCUGGUGUGGCGGCUGCCAUCAAACUAUCUGGAUGUGAGAACACAAAGAUCUAUGGAGUGGAACCAGAAGGAGCAUGUACGAUGUACAAGAGCUUCAUUGAGAAAAAGCCUGUUGGUAUGGAUGCUAAAAGCAUCGCCUCAGGGCUAGCACCACCAUUCGCAGGUGUGUUGCCAUUUGAGUUGUGUCAGAGGUAUGUGGAGGACAUUGUGCUGGUGAAUGAUGAGGAGAUCAAAUCUGCAGUGUCUAUGCUGUAUAAGGCCGGUCUCGUUGUUGAACCUUCAGGCACUGCGGCCUUUGCUGCCGUCAUGAACGACAAAAUACCAGACAUCAACGGCAAGAACGUGGUGGUCAUCCUCAGUGGAGGAAACAUUGGCAAAGACGAACUUACCAACUUCCCUGACUAAAUGAAUUCUUAUAGUUUAUUAGUCGAUGAAUUCAUUCUCAUUUAGUCAUAAUCACUUCUUUUAAUGGUUAAGGGAAUAGUUCACACAAAAAUGAAAAUUCUGUCAUUAUUUUCUCACCCUCAUAUUGUUCCAAAUAAGUAUUAAUGCAUUUAUUCAGUGAAACACAAAAAGAUACAUUUUAAAGUAUGUUUACAAUAUAAUUCAUUCGACUUUUGCACUAUAUUCCAAGUCUUCUGAAGACACACUAGCUUUGGACUACUUCAUUGGUAUUUUGGUGCUUUUUAUGUUACUUUUUGUCACUUUAAAAGCUUGACAGCCUUACAUUCUCCACAUUCACUUUUGUUUUAUGGAGAAGAACAGUGCAAACAUUCUUCAAAAAGGAAUAAAGAAAGCAAUAUGGGUUUGGAAUGACACGCUGGUGAGUAAAUUAUGACAGAAUUUUCACUUUUGGGUGAACUCGCACUUUAAGAUCUUUAACUGCAAAACACUAAAUGAAACUUCAUGACUUUUGCCAUUGAUGUAUUUUUACACACUGUGAUGAUAAAAUAAACAUAUGAAAUAUUA